AUGUUCAAUCAUCCAGUGAACAAUUUAAAUAUUAAACAAUUUGAAAUUCUCUCUCUGAAUUUCCCAGAAGAUUUACCAACUGAUAAUAAAACCCAUAUAGAUUAUGUUAAGCAAACAAGUCUAGAGAAAGCAAAAGCGAUUCUUAAUGACAACAACUUUGCAGCUACCAAUGAACAAGUACUUAUCUUAACAUGCGAUACAAUUAUCAGUUGUCAUGAACAAAUAUUUGAGAAACCAAUGACAAAAACCAAACAAAGAGAAUAUUUCAAUUAUUUCAAACAAUAUCCUCAAGUGAAAGUAAUAUCUGCUAUAACAUUGAUUAAAAUAGACAGUCAGAAUGAUAUAAAAAUAUAUUCUAAUCAUUGUAUAACUGAACUUUCAUUCAAACAAAACAAUGAAGAUAUUAUAAAUGCUUAUAUUGAGAGCGAAGAAGGAUUACAAGUGGCCGGUGGUUUCAAAUAUCAAGAAUUGGGUUGUCUCUUGUUUGAUAAUAUGAUUGGUGAUUAUCUUAAUGUAGUGGGAAUAUCAGCUGUAAAGACAUUUGAAUUGCUAGUAGAUGCUUUAUUGUGA